GAUAUAAUUGAAGCAUACUUGUUAAAAUGGUGUGGUUGCAUUUGCCAUGACUCUUGGAAGCACCAGAAUGGUUAAUUCAGGAUUUGAGCAUUGUAAAAGCAGCGCGAGACAUGUAAAAAGAAAUCACUUGUACAGUCAUAUCCUGGUGAAAGAUCUAAGCUUGAAUCUUACCAUACUUUGAAGUAUUCAUAAAGAGAAAGGAACUCUCGCUUAAGGAUUAUCAAAUGAGUCAUGUGUCGCUGAAGGAUCAUCAGAUGAAUCAUAUACAACCCAUAUUGAAACCCAUAUGGAAUUAAUUUCCUCGGCCAUAAAAACACUUUUGACCGCCCCAUUAUCCCAAAGGGUUUUGGUGGGAAUCGUUGAGGACUGUUUAUUUUAAUGGGGAAAGGUUCAAAAAGCAACUGUAAGUCAGCAUCCCACAAACUCUUCAAGGACAGGGCAAAAAACCGUGUGGAUGACCUGCAGGGAAUGUUCUUGGAUCUGCAGUUUGCCAGGAAGGAGAGCCGUAGCAUUGAUGUUGCAGUCCUUGAGGAGCAAGUCCAUCAGAUGCUCCGUGAAUGGAAAGCCGAGCUCAACGAACCUUCUCCAGCUUCUUCAUUGCAACAAGGUGGGAGUCUUGGUUCAUUUUCGUCGGACAUUUAUCAGCUUUUGCAGCUUUGCGAGGAGGAAGAUGAUGCAACUAGUGUACUUGCUGCACCAAAGCCUGAGCCUAAUGAUCAAAGCCUGCAAGUAGGAGAUACUGCUGCUUUUCAAGAGGGUUAUGGAGUGAAUCAGGGGCAGCAUGAACGUGUGUUUCCAUUAGUUGAUCAUUGCAAAGGCUCGCCUUUAGGACUUCCUGCCAUGUCAAUUAACAAUUUGCGAGCGGCUACUCAAUUGGAAUACAAUCAGUUUGAUUUGCAUCAAGAUUUUGAGCACUUCUACACAGGUUUUAACAGUGCAGGUUUUUGUGAGGAGGAUGCCAUGCCUAAUACUUGUAGCUAUAUUGCAAGUAUGUGCCCCCCACCAUCUGCAUUCUUAGGACCAAAGUGUGCACUUUGGGAUUGUCUAAGGCCUGUUCAAGCAUUGGACUGGUGUCAGGACUACUGUAGUAGCUUUCAUGCUGCUUUAGCAAUGAAUGAAGGUUCACCUGGAAUGGGCCCGAUUCUGCGACCUUGUGGCAUAGGCCUCAAGGACGGUCUGCUCUUUGCUGCUCUCAGUGCUAAGGCAGAAGGAAAAGAUGUGGGUAUACCGGAAUGUGAGGGAGCUGCAACUGCCAAGUCUCCAUGGAAUGCUCCUGAGUUCUUUGAUCUUUCGGUUCUUGACGGUGAAUCAAUUAGGGAGUGGCUGUUUUUUGAUAAGCCUAGAAGAGCAUUUGAAAGUGGGAACAGAAAGCAGAGGUCUUUGCCAGAUUAUAGUGGGCGUGGCUGGCAUGAGUCAAGAAAGCAAAUCAUGAAUGAAUUUGGAGGACUGAAGAGAUCAUACUACAUGGAUCCACAGCCACUAAACCCUUUCGAGUGGCACCUUUAUGAAUAUGAAAUCAACAAGUGUGAUGUUUGUGCCUUGUAUAGGUUGGAAUUGAAGCUUGUUGAUGGUAAGAAAAGUGCAAAGGGGCAAUCAGCGAAUGAUACGGUUGCUUAUCUGCAGAAGCAGAUGGGAAGGCUUACUGCAGAGUUCCCUUCUGAUAACAAGCUCUAUGUCAAAGGAAGGGCCAAGAUUAGCGCGAAGGUUUGUGUUGGAAAUCUUUAUUCCACUCCAAAUGUGGUGGCAACAAGUGAGAAGUUGAAUUAUGGGCUUGGUGUGCAGUACAACUAUCUUGUUGACAAUUUAAGUGGUUAUUAUCUAACAUAGUCGAAGAAAGUUGGAUAAAAGCUGAAGUAGCUUCAUCCAUUCAUCUAGUUAUAUAUCUGCUGAAUUAUUUAGAAGUGGUGGGAUAUUCUGCAUUUUUACUAGUCUGUUCUGUAGGUUUUCAUGAUUAGAAAACCAAGUCAAGCUCUUAUAUUUUAUGGCCAAAAACUUGUACAGUUCAUUUGCACACAGAUGUUCUGCAUUAGUCUUUUAGACAAUCAACGACGCCAGAGACGGUUACAGGCAAGAGAAAUGGCUGUUUUUCAUCAGCCCUCUUUGAUACUACCUAAUAAGACAUGGUAUACAAUAGAAGCUAAUUAUUUUCCAGGGUUUCAACAGUUUGAGCUAAAUAUUCCAGUCGCUCAUUAAAGAUGUCACGUUCUGUAACCGGAUAUAUAAUCAAAUACAUUUCUUAAGUCUAUAUUGCUUGAUCUAUGCUUGAGAACUUGUAAAUGAUUUUGGAUUCAGCUAACUCAUACCAGAUUUUCGGCUGUUUUCUUGUGGGGCAGGUUUGAUACAGAGGAUAGGGCACUGGAAAAUAUGAUAUUCAAUAAAAAAUGAUUUGAACAUCGCCUGCCAUUGAAAAUCCUCUCAUCUUUCAGCAUUCCUGGAAGAUAACACUGUAUAACUUUGCACAA